UCUUUAUAGGGUAGCUCUCUCCACUGCUCUGUUUCUUUGGGGUUUUAAGCAAUAUUAUAUUAAUGCUUAAAGACGCAUAUGUCUUCUUCUUGUGAUAACCGAAUCUGCUCAAGAUCGACUUUUCGUCUACGUGAUUAACAUUAAUCAUGCUAGGAUCACUAAAAAAUUUCUUUCAACGAUAUUGAAUAAGUAGGAGAUCAUUUUAUAGAUAUUCUUAGAGUCAUCUUUAUUAAUCAAAUUCCUCGAAUUAAGUGUACUAUGCAUUCCACACACUAUGCUAGAAAGAAUAGCUUUACUAACCAGAGGCACUGUAAAGACUCACUAGAGUGUUAAAAUAUAUGUGUAAGGUUUACAAUAUAUGUAUAUAAGGGACACUGUGACCUUCUUGUAGCCUUUGGGUACAGAGCUGCUGUUUGUUACUGGGGAGGAGGUGUCAGUUGACUUAAGGUCUCAUCUAUAGAGCUUUAGUCCGGUGAAAAUAUUCAUUGGUAUCAUUUCGCUGUUAGGAAGUGUCUGUUGAUUAUAGUUUCAGAUGAAGAGGUACUAGGUGAAUACUUUCAAAGGGUUUAACUCGCCUAGUCUGCUUUGACAUCAUGCUGCAUUUGAAUGGCUUUAUUGUUUUUGUUUUUCGCAAUUGUUUGGUGUAUAAUGGCGUAGCCUUGUAGAAGCUGGUUCCGUAAAGAUAAACGAGCCUUCGUUAAAGAAUUUCAACGUGGAAGACUGCUGAUUGACCCACUUGAAAGGUUUCAUGCCCGUCUCCUGCUUUUCCACGUGAUAAAGACCAGGAAUCUGAUUGGUUAGUAUAGUAUCAAUCAGCGAUUACCAAGACCAGAAUAAGAAUUCCUUUAAAUUUCAGCAUUGAUUUCGACUUUUUCUUUGUGACGCCGUUUACGGUCAAACAUGGUUUUACUUAAAACUCGAGAAUAUACGGCAUUAACCUGAGCUGCAUUUGAUAAUCACCCGAAUAAACCAAAACGUUCUUGAUGGGUUUAUUUUAACUUGAAUGUCUUAAUGGGUCUUUAUUACUUGGUAUCUCAUGGUGAAUGUUUCUCAAUCCAUAUGUCUGUAUGGGUUUGUUUUCAGUCUACCGCUAUAGUUUUUCCUAAACACUGAGAUCAUCGAUUUGAGUUCAGUAAUUGGAUGUUUGUCAAUAAUUUAGCAGAGAAAGAAAGUUUUAUAAUUUCUCAUGAAUGUAUUCAUCUUUAGGUUUAAUCUGAGCCUAACCAUGCUAAUGAAACUCAAAAGUUCAUUACGAAUAAUUCUGCAACUAGACCCAUCUUUAAAAUGAAUCGCAGAAGGUACAUAUACCAUUUCUCUCCAGUAUCAUUUGUAAUAUAGACGAGUAAGGCAAAGUUGUUUGGUGUUAAUCUUCAUUCUUUCUUGAUCAGUUUUUCUCAACAACUAGCUGAUCUUCUCUUAGAGUAUUUUCCGUACGGCUUUGAACCUCAGGCACUAUUAAAUCGCUUUUUUCACUUAACCUGUCUCUUCCUCAUUGCAUAUUGUAUAUCAAUGAGAAAUAAAAAUGUCUUCAAAAUGCAGGCUUGUUUGACUGCAAGUCACGUUUCCUAUGCCGAUCGCUUCCCAUUUCUAUAUAACCGUUACCAAAUUUUUGUUGCAGAAUGGCUUUCAAUGCAUCGAUUGAACAUAGACUGCACUUAGAAUUGUUUACCUAAACUUAUUUUAAAUUUCAUGUAACUUUGUACCAUUUUUGAGACCAAAUUUCAUUUCGUUACCCAUCUUCUCCGUAACCCAUCUUCUCCAUCAUUUCGGUAACUCAUUUCGUUACCCAUCUUCUCCUGCGAAGUAGAUCUCUGCUCUAUUCAGAGGCAUUAGUUAAUGCUACCAUGCAAAUUCAAGAUAGCUUGUUGAUCUUCGCUGAAUUUUCACCUGAUAAUUUUUAUCCUCCUUUGCCAUUCAAGGAUGUUCCAUCUACGCGAUCUGCCUUUUUGAAAGGAAAGCUUCUAAAAUUUAGAUUAUUGUUGGCGAAUAAGUAUUUCCUUUUUAGAACAUUCUGCUAGCGUAAUGCACGGUGAACGAAGAUGCUCGAAGAUGUUGGGCUUUCUUGUGCGUUUGUGUCUUUCUGAUACAGGAGCAACCGUUGAUAGAUCAGGUAUUUUGGGUUCUGGAGAGAGAAAAUGGGUGAAAAGAAUUGCUCUUCUAUCUUCCGUGAAAAGAAGAUGCUUUGUUUUCGAUUCCUGUCCAAUUCAAUCUCCAUUAAUUUUGGUUAAAUGUAUUUCUAUAGCAUUGUGACUUUAUGCCCUUGUUCAUAAAAACGAUGAAAAUGCUGAAACGUCUGGAAGUGGCUCGAAAAUUUACCUUAAAACUGUAUGCCUACGCCGGUAAUAAUGCGCUUUAGUACUAGUUUUGUUGACGAAUCCAAGUACUGGAAGCUUAAAUCAUUUCAUUUUCUUCCGUGAACAUAUUUACUUUGACCUUCAGUGGUGAAAAGCUCAGAAGUGUUUGGCAAUCAAAUUUGUUAUCAUAUUGAAUGUAGUUUCUGGAAGAGUGACCGUAAAAACUCAUCAUAGUGAAAAUUAGAUCUCAAAGCUUAAUGAGCAAGGAAAUGCAAUAGAUGAAGUUAUUAGUAUAUCGCUUCGCCUAGUCGGUUUCAUCAUUUAAUUAAGUAGUUAAAGCUCGAAGUCGAAUGAAGAAGUGCGACAAAAAAUUGUAUUUGUUUUGUUAGAAGCAUGGUUAUCAGCUGUAUUUGUCUAUUAUUUUAAAUAAUUAAUAGUUAGUAUAUAGAAAUCAUGCAGUUGUCAGACAUAACUGCCAUGAGUAAGUCUGCGGCCAUGCAUUAUGAUUGUCUUAUCUGCAUUUUAAAAUUUGCUUUAUCGUUGAGACCCUCUUUGUAGAAUUACUGUAAAUAUAUGUCGAUAUGAAAUGAUCUCUUCAUCUUUACAUAUAGACCAUUCCACAGCAAAUUACCAACUAAAAAUGGAUGAGUAAAGUAUUCAGAUAUUACAAUACAUUGUGUUUUUCCUAAUUUGCUCAAAUUAAACUGACCACAAAAACUAGAUAAAACCAAUCUCUGAUGCAACAACCAUGCCUGUUACAUGCCACUGCAUAAGGCAGAAAUACUCACAAUGCAGGGAUAAUAAGUGCUAAAACAUGGUUAUUCUAAGUUGCUUCUCCGAGAUACACACUUAAUGCGAUCAUCAGGCUAAAAUAAGUAAACUAAGGGACAAAAUUUGAUUUCAUAACGAACAUUGGCAGAUUUUAAGUUUCCAGAUUCUUUUUCAAAUUACAUUAUGCGGAGAGGGUUUCUUGAUGCAUUAAUGAAAAAAAUUUAUAUGCUUGCUCAUUUCUGCGUCAUAUGGUUGGAUUUACAAUAUGUGGGAUUUCAUGGCACGAAUUGGUUUUGGGAUUUUGUUGUAGAAGACAUUCAUGUUCACUAAAAGUUUAUUGGGGAAGCUCCUUGUUUUUUACGAAUGUUAUAUAAUUAUAGAUGUGAUUACAAUAUAUUCUUAACUCUGUCUUAGACCUACAAGCCUGUGCACGCUGCCAAGACAAAUCAUAAACACAUACCAGCUAGUAUGCUUUUUUUGUCCAACAUCUACCCCAGGGACCGUGGAAGCAGGGGGCUGAGGGGGCAUUAGUCUCCUAAAUAAUUUUCAAAAUGUACUUAAAACCAUACAAAAAGUUGCCUUGCUUUUGGUUUUCAGCAUGUUCAGCCCCUCAAAACGUUUUGGCCCCCCUCACUCUGUAAGAUGCUCUGCGUCCCUUGUCCCCCUCACUCCUCAAGCUCAGUUGGUACAUGUGUACUGUUGAUAGUAGAGAUGUCAAUACUAAAAUGGGAGCACGCAAUGCAGAAUCUUAUCACUGUCUGUUCUGGGCUUUAGAUAUGCACAGAAAAAAUCAUUAUGCGUGUGGCGAUUUUGAUUUUGCAAAAGAAUUGUGCCGCCAGUAAAUGGAUUUUUCCGAGGGGCAAUCACUCCAAAAAAUAUCGUACAUCUUUGGUGGAAAACCUAUUGUUUUAUCUGGAAAUCCCCAAAAAUCCUUUUGUUUUAGAGAAAAUCUCGUACGCUAUUUGAAAGAGUGAAUUGCCCCUCGGAUUUUUCUUGCCCUCUGUGAAUUAACCAUAUUAGCCAGCAAAUCCAAUGCAUACAGUAUCAAUAUUCUUUCUGGUAACAUUCUGUAUAACAACAGCUUUGGAAAGCAUUAACCGUGAGUCCUUUAUUCCAACCACAUACUAACACAUCUGGAUCGCGUAUUUUGAUCACGGGUAUCAUGAUAUCGCGGAUUCAUCUUAAUGCUGAACACGUCUUAAUUUUUAGACAAGCAAAUCUUUGUGCACCAUAUCGACAUUUGUCUGUGUUUUUUAUCAUAUACGGUGAUAAAAAAGAAUUUCAUUUGAUAAGGGCUCAAAGCAUUGGGAAUAUUUGGGUGAUUGGCUAAAUGAGUCUGCCCAUCAAAGCCAGCCACAUUUAAAUAGCUUUGUGACUGAAGGAGGAACGCCAUUGCAAAAUGCAUUAUUGAGGCAUUUCUUUGUCAUUAAUAGGAAAACGGAGAAAGGCUUUUUCAUUCUCUUUUCUCUCACGAAACUACAUUAAAUUGUGCUUUAUACAAUAGUUGUCCAGUGAUUCCAAUGGUGUUCGUUAACUUCCAUUGAUUUCCAGAGAACGCACGAAGACUGGAUUUUUUUCAGCUAGUUUUUCGUUCCAGUAUGGUGGGGUGUUACGAAAGACUCCUUUACAAAUAUGACAUUAAUAGAUUUUUCUACACAUUGGGAAGCAACAGGCAUCAAAGCACCUGACUACUUUUGAGAAGUGAUAAAGCAUCUCAAUAUGCCGGUAUUUAGAGGGACUGUUUCUCACAGGGGUAGAAUGACUUCCCAGAAUGGCAAGAGCAUACCUCUCCUCACGCACAACAGAGAAAGAUCGCUGAGCUACAAGGAGCGACAGAUGUUAACUUCGGAAUCCAGUAAUUACUUUCCAACGGAAAUCAGAAGCUUACGCAUGCUAAAGUCUGCCAUAUUUACAUUCCUAGAACACCCCAAUCGACCAGUUAGCCGGUUGUACCAUUCUCUCGUAAUCUUCCUAAUUCUGAUUAGCCUUGGACUUGCCAUUUACCUGACCGUUCGGAAAACAUUGCAUUUGGAUCAUCAUAUCGUCUACCACUAUCUUGCACUACUGGAAUGCGGUCUAGCUGCCAUCUUUAUUAUCGAAUAUUUGCUGAGAAUCUGGUCAUGCAGCAUAAAAGGGAUAUAUAAAGGCUUUAGGGGAACUCUAAGGUUCAUGUGGAAGCCACAUAUGAUUCUUGAUUUCUUCGCUAUAUUAGCAUCUCUUACUCUUGCUAUUCUUAUGAAUAAAUUUCGUUUUGACUGGGCCCAUAUGAGGUAUGCUAUGCCACUCCAGCUUAUAAGAAUACUUAGAAUUGAUCGAGAACGUGGUGCCUUUAAGACGUUCCAUGCAGUCAUUAAGAACCACUUCAAGGAACUACUCACAUGCUGGUAUAUGGGUUUUAUCGUGGUCUUGUUCCUAAGCUAUCUGGCAUAUGCUGAGCCUGUGAUAAUCGGUGGCAAACAGAACAGAACCGUUGAUGACUUAGCAAAUGGAGUCUACUGGGCCAUCGUUUCCAUGACAACUAUUGGAUACGGCGAUAUCUAUCCCCGCACUGUAACAUCCAAAGUUCUUCUCUGUAUCUUCGGCGUUGUUGGCACAGGGUUUAUUGCAUUGCCAGCGGGAAUCAUUGGCUCGGGGUUUGCUUUGCAAGUUAUCGAGCAGAAGAAAAAGCAACAUAACAGGAAGCGACGACGACCGGCAGCAAUGUUGAUUCAGGCAGCCUGGAAGGUCUGGGCAUCCGACCUGAAAAAGAAUUUUACUGCGACGUGGCUGCCACAUACAAAAGUUGUCAAAUCGUUCAAGGAUAGUGAACUACAGGCUUUGUUUUCCAAUCCUACCGAAUCAUUUAUCAAUUUACCUGGAACCAGUCUGAGAUACAAAUCUGGUACAAGUAUCAGCUCAAAGGGUUCCAACGUAGAAGGAACGGAAGAGAGCACACUUUCAGCAAAAGUUGAAGGGGCGUAUUUGGUGUACAAAGACUUAACUAAAGGGCAGAAAAUUGCUAUUGGAUUUAUAAGGCAUUUAAAGUUUAUCGUAGCUUUGAAAUAUUUUCGACGAACACGUAAGCCUUAUGAUGAAAAAGACAUCAUGGAUCAGUUUGCAGGAGGUCAGGUCGAAAUCUAUGGCCAACUAAAAUUAAUUCAAAGACAAAUUGACACCAUGAAUGAAAGAAGAGAGACACUGCAGUCAGAAAUGCUCACAAUGCAGGCACAGAUUGCAUCCAUAUCUAUGAGACAAGAGGAAAUGCUUUCUUUAGUCAAAGGUAUAUCAGAAUCAAUUAAAUCAUACGAAGAGGGAAGUGAAGGCUCUCACUCGAAUUAAGAGCAACUGGUGUAUAUACUUACAAGGCAAAGACGCCGGUAGACGCCUGUUUCAGUCCAUGAACACAACAUGCACUGGAAGUGCCAAAAUUUACAGAGUUAUUUCGCAGAUGUGCUGCUUCUAAGAUGCCCUGGAGCAGGAGACGAGUUCUGGAUGAUUAAAACCUUCCUACAGGAACAAGAAUAUCGAAAUCUGAAUGACCUUUUUAGUUUCUCAAAUGCUCCAAUGAUCGUAAGAAGAACCAGGACUUUAUUGUAAAUCUUAUUAUUUUAGAACAAUUUCUAUUUCUUUUUUCAAGAAAGCAAUUCAACAUGAA